CUUUCUCUUCCUAAACUUCGUCCCUUUCCUUCCUUCCUUCCUAUCUAAAACUAAAACCCACCCUUGAAUCCGCGACAGAAAAGAUGGGUAUCCUUGAUCACUUCUCCGAGCUCUGCGAUUCUGGCCCCUCCCAUGACAGCAAGAAGCUCAAGCGCAAGCAGCUACAGCAGACGGUGGAGAUCAGGGUGAAGAUCGAUUGCGAAGGCUGCGAGAGGAAAGUGAGGAAAUCGGUGGAAGGGAUGAAAGGGGUGACCCAAGUGGAAGUGAAUCCCAAGCAGCACAAACUGACGGUAAUCGGGUAUGUGGAUCCCAACAAAGUCCUGAACCGCGUCCGCCACCGGACGGGCAAGAAGGCGGAUCUGUGGCCCUACGUCCCCUACGAUGUCGUCGACCACCCGUACGCGCCUGGCUCCUACGACAAGAAGGCGCCGCCGGGUUAUGUCCGCAACGUGAUGUACGACCCGCAGGCCUCUGCGCUGGCCCGGGCCACGUCCUUCGAGGUCAAGACCACUACCGCCUUCAGCGACGAGAAUCCCAACGCAUGCUCGGUCAUGUGAAGCGCCAAAGAAGAAGAAGAAGAAGAAGAAGAAGAAGAAGAAGAAAGAGCUAUCCUUGCCAUUCCUCUCUCUGCAACCAAUACGAAUGACACAUUGUGCUGGACAGGUGACAUCUGGAUAUUCUUUUGGAAAUUGACAGGUUGAUGGAUGAGGAAUCACAGAUGAGUCCCUCUAAUCCAGAAGCUGAUCAAGUGUGGAAGAAAAUAUGGAAUGAAACAACUGUUACCGGGUAAAUUGAAGGGGUUUCUUUGGAAAAUCUUGCACGAUAUCCUCCCUGUUGUUGGUGAAAGAAUUAGCAGGAGGAAAGUCCAAACAGCAAGCGACGAGUGUGUGAACUGUGUGGCAAAAUACUUGUAUCUGGAUGAAGGUCUGUCAUGUAAACACAGAUAUAGGAUUCAACUGAAGAGGUGAAGUGGGACUGGGAUUUGUUAUUCGUGACUGGAAUGGCAAGCUGGUCUUAGCAGGAGCGUCCAAAGAAGAUCAUGUAUGGUCUCCCGACGUUGCUGAAGGGAAGGCUAUGCUUUUUGCUCUCAAGCAGGCAUCGACCUUUGGACUGAGACCUCUCCUGCUGGAAUCGGACUGUAAGAGAUUGAUUGAUCACCUCAAUAGCGAGGAGCAGGGAAGGACUGAAACUAGUAAUGUUUCCCGAGGCAUCAAGCAUUUGGGAGAACAAUUAGGGGUGUGAGACCAGAAAAGAUAUGGUGGGAGGACCUCCUCCCAACGGCCAGGAUGAAGGCCACGCUCCAGCAACGGGUCAGAUGGAUUCUUGGGUUUGCUAGUGGAAUGUGGAGGUCAGUCGUCAACCAUGUGUGCUUUCGUAAAACAUGACCCUCUCUCCUGCCUGAAUGCUUGCGUGGCCAUUGCCCUGCUUCGUUUUCAUCUCCAUCGCGAGUCGAUAGAACACGAUCCUCUGCUUCGUUUUCUAAAAACACGAGCCUCUCUUCCGUUUCAAAAAUUGAGUCGCCCGCCAAAUCAUUUAGCUCCCGCUUCCUUGUUUCCAAAUCCCGCUACCCCAUUCGAAUUUUAAUUUUUGAAUCCCUGGCCCAAUCCUUUUCCCCCACCAAAAUCACGCGCUCCAUUCAAGUUGUAAUGUCUAAUGAACCCUAAUUUAGGGUUUUCUUCGACCAGGGAGUUUAGGGUUUUCUUCAAGCAUAGAGUAGCUGAGAAAUAAGGGUGGAGAUAAGGAGAGGCGUCGAAGGAGAAGAAGGGGGAAAAGGCGGGGAGAUAAGGAGAAGUCAUAUCGUUUCAGCGGAAAGCGCCAUCUUCUUCUACCUGUGGGGUAAGAUAUAUAAGUUUCACCGGAGUAGAUCUUAAUGAGCCGCCUCCACCUACAGAGGAGCCUUGUUUGGACGAUCUGGUGAGCAAGAUGUACGUGUGUUCCUGUUUUGUCGUUGAUAAUGAAUUUACUCACCUGCGCCGUUUGGAUAACAGAAUGCCGACAAUGGGGACUUGGAUAAAGAUAUGGAAGAACAAAAGGAGCUGGGUACGUUUUCUCUACCUAGGCAGCUGCUGGGUUUUAUAUGAUUGCGAAUUUAUUGAAGUAAUAAUGAGAAAAGAAGAUUCCUCUGCAUUUAUUGAGU